UUGGGACAGGUUGUCCUCUCAUCCGAUCAGGCGGCGGCUCAUCAGACCAUACUCACCUCCGAACGGACCGUAGGACAGUCGGACAAUCCAAGCCAAGAUCGGAUCACUUCGUCUGGAUGCUUUACGCUGACAGACUGCAGCAGUCAAGACGGUAUCAUCUUCACCUCCGCCUCCAAUACUGCCGCCGCGGGUCCCAGUGCCUCGGCGCCACUUUUGGACGAUGACGCCAGACUGACGCUUUGGGGCAAC